AUGCGGAGUAUGAUAGCUCGUGAAAACAAUAUUGCCAACAUGAAUGAACUGGUAUGGGACAAGGAAUUAGAAAGAAAGGCGUCGAAGAUGACAUGUAAUCGAAUGGUGACUGGACCGGAUUACACAAUCGUAGUUACGCCUUCUGAACAAGCAGUUAGAAGUUCAGGAUUUUCAUAUUUUGUCAAUUUCCUUUGUCCUACACAAACCAAAAUUGGAUGUUUCGAUUUCCACCCACCUUGUGUUGGAACGCUCGGAGCUAAUUAUGCGGGCGUUUGUCUCAUUGGACCAAAAAAUAAAACAAGUCAGGCGGAUUUCAUAAAAGGCGAACCGGGAUUCGCGUGUCCAGGGGAAACAAGGACUGAUGGAUUGUGUGUUAUGGACGGUGCCGACGUCACUCCAUAG